AUGGCCAACUCUCCUCACGGCGGCGUCCUCAAGGACCUCUUCGCGCGCGAUGCGCCGCGCCAGUCUGAGCUCCUCGCUGAGGCCGACAAGCUCCCUUCUCUCGUCCUGACCGAGCGCCACCUCUGCGAUCUCGAGCUGAUCCUCAAUGGCGGCUUCUCUCCCCUCGAAGGCUUCAUGACCGAGAAGGACUACAAUGGCGUUGUCAAGAACAACCGUCUCGCCGACGGUAACCUGUUCUCCAUGCCCAUCACCCUUGAUGUUUCCCGGAAGAGCAUCGACGACCUCUCCAUCAAGCCCGGUGCUCGCAUCACUCUGCGCGACCUGAGAGACGACCAAAACCUGGCCAUUCUCACCGUAGAGGAUGUCUACAAGCCAGACAGAACCGUCGAGGCCAUCGAGGUCUUUGGCAGUGACGAUGACACUCACCCCGGUGUCAAGCACCUCUUCAACAACACCAACGACUUCUACGUCGGUGGUAAGCUCGAGGCCGUCCAGCGUCUUGCCCACUACGACUUCCUGGACCUCAGAUUCACCCCUGCGGAGCUGAGACUGCACUUCGAGAAGCUCGGCUGGAACAAGGUCGUCGCUUUCCAGACUCGCAACCCCAUGCACCGCGCCCACAGAGAGCUCACGGUCCGCGCCGCCCGGUCCCAACAAGCCAACGUCCUCAUCCACCCCGUCGUCGGCCUGACCAAGCCCGGCGACAUCGACCACUUCACCCGUGUCCGGGUCUACAAGGCCCUACUCCCCAGAUACCCCAACGGCAUGGCCGCCCUGGCCCUGCUGCCUCUGGCCAUGCGCAUGGGUGGUCCCCGUGAGGCCAUCUGGCACGCCAUCAUCCGCAAGAACCACGGCGCGACCCAUUUCAUCGUAGGCCGCGACCACGCCGGCCCCGGGAAGAACAAGAACGGCAAGGACCACUACGGCCCGUACGACGCUCAGGUGGCCGUCCAGAAGUACUCGGACGAGCUCGGCAUCACCAUGGUCGAGUUCCAGGAGAUGAUCUACAUCCCCGACCGCGAUGAGUACCAGCCCGCCAACGAGAUCGCCCCCGGCACCCACACCGCCAACAUCUCGGGCACGGAGCUGCGUAACCGCCUCAGGACGGGCAAGGAGAUCCCCGCGUGGUUCUCGUACCCCGAGGUCGUCAAGGUCCUGCGCGAGCAGAACCCCCUCCCGGCCCAGAAGGGCUUCACCAUCUUCCUCACCGGCUACCAGAACAGCGGAAAGGAUCAGAUCGCCAAGGCCCUCCAGGUCACUCUCAACCAGGGCGGCGGUCGCUCCGUCUCCCUGCUCCUCGGCGAGACGGUCCGCCACGAGCUGUCUUCGGAGCUCGGCUUCAGCCGCGAGGACCGCGACAAGAACGUUGCGCGCAUCGCCUUCGUCGCCUCGGAGUUGACCCGUGCCGGUGCCGCCGUCAUCGCGGCCCCCAUCGCCCCCUACGACGACGCCCGCAAGCAGGCGCGCGAGCUCGUCGAGAAGUCGGGCCCCUUCUUCCUCGUUCACGUUGCAACCCCGCUCGAGUACGCCGAGAAGACGGACAAGCGCGGUAUCUACAAGAAGGCGCGCGCCGGCGAGAUCAAGGGCUUCACCGGCGUCGACGACCCCUACGAGGCGCCGUCCAAGGCCGACCUCGUUGUCGACGUCGAGAAGCAGACGGUCCGCUCCAUCGUCCACCAGAUCGUGCUGCUCCUCGAGAGCCAGGGCCUCUUGGACCGGUUGUAA